AUGGAAGAGGGAACCGGUUUUCCUCUAGGGCGGCCAAACGGAGGAUACGGCGUAGAAGGUGAGCGAGUGCCGUCAAGGUUGAAGUCGGAGCUGAGAUUCUCGGGCGGGAGUAGUAGUAGUCAUCAAGAACAUAACUCUCUACCCCGUAUCUCGGAGGUCCAAGCUGCUGCGCCGGCGGCUAUAAACGGGGUUGCAUCCACGAGUAUGAGUUUUGGAAAUGAUCAUAACGUCUGGGACAACUCGUCUUCUCAUAUCAGUUUCACCAUUGAUGAACCAGGCAAACGGUCAAAGCCUACCGACUUUUUCACCUUAGAAACUCAGUUCAGCAUGCCACAAACGUCACUGGAGAUGGAGAGUUUGGUGAACGUUCCAGAGGAUUCGGUGCCUUGGAAGAUUAGGGCCAAGCGUGGCUGUGCUACUCACCCGCGCAGCAUAGCUGAAAGGGAGAGAAGAACGAGAAUAAGCGGGAAGCUGAAGAAGCUACAAGAACUGGUACCCAAUAUGGACAAGCAAACGAGUUAUGCAGACAUGUUGGAUUUGGCUGUUGAGCAUAUCAAAGGUCUUCAACACCAUAUAGAGUCACUGGAGAAGGGGAUGGAGAGGUGCACUUGCGGGGCAUGCAAGAAGUGAUGAUGAAUGAUAUGCUAUGUUUCCACACAUGACCCAACAAAGUAUAGAAGAAAAAAAAAGACUAAGGAAUCAAUUCAAAGCAGAAGGAACACACAACAAAAACGAUUUUAAUUUAUAUAUAUGUGAUUUUGGAAAUGGUGAUGGUGAUAAAUUAAUGAGACUGGUUUUGGCACAUUAUCUCAGUCUUCACCACAAUGGCAACUUACAAUAACUUAGAUUAAUUCGAUUAACAUAGAACAAAACCUACUAUUUGAGAUUUAUCAUGUGUAUAGUAAAUUAGUAAUGAUCCUACGUUUCAGUCUAUG